AUGCCUUCGCGCUGGACGGUGGCACGCGACACUGUGGCGUUUGCUGUGGCCGCUCUGCAUGCUGCCAAGGUGGAGCUGCUAGGGAAUGAGGGGGAGUUGGGAUGCAAGGUGUCAUACACCAUUGACAUCUGGACUGCACCCAAUGGGAAGGCUUGGUUAGUUGAUACAGGUCACUGGAUCGACGAGACGUUUCAACAACGUGAGGCAAUGCUGGAGUUUCGCGAGCUGACGGGUCGUCAUGGAACGACGCAGAUCGCGCAGAUCGUGGAGGACAUUGUGGUGAUGUGGGGGUUAGAGGGGCGUUGUCUGGGAAUCACCACAGACAACGCCUCCGCCAACAUUGCCACGUUCAAGCGCCUGUCGAAGGAGGGUGAUAUAGCCCACUGGGAGACGCAGCAUCCCGCGACGGAGCCGAUGGAGAGGCCGCGCCCAGCGUCGGGUGUGGUGAUCGCGCUAGUACGUGAGCGGGUGGCCGAGUACCAGGCGGCGGCUAGGGAGCUGGCUCUUAGGCCCAUUACACUUACCACGGUGGUAGAGGAGGAGGAGGGAGAGGGGGGGGGGAUGACGAGGACAACCUUUAUCUCCCUAGUCGCCGACGCCUUGCAGUGCGUCUGUCUACGAGCCAAGCGGCGAGGGGGGGGUGGUCCUGUGCAGGACGAUGAGGUCAGCAGGUACUUGUCCGAGAGGGUGCGGUACGACGUGUCAGCGCUAGAGUACAGGCGCACCUCCACGAACAUGGAGACGCUGAAGCGGAUGGCGAGGGAUUAUCUUGCGAUCCCUGCCACAUCUGCUGCGAGCGAGCGCGUGUUCUCCUUGGGCCGCAAGGAGCGCCACCGCCUGAACUCCGAGAGGGCGCGAUUUUGCAUGAUUCUCAUAUCGUGGUAUGGAUCGCACUCUGGCCAAAGGAUCGGCGAGGGCUGCCGCACGAAAGGGGUCGCAACAUUGGAGAUCGCUCUUGAGGGCGAGGGUGCGGAGGAGGAGGAGGGUGCGGAGGAGGAGGAGGAGGAGGAGGAGGAGGAGGAGGAGGAGGAGGAGGAGGAGGAGGAGGAGGAGGAGGAGGAGGAGGAGGAGGAGGAGGUGGUGGAGGAGGAGGUGGAGGCGGAGGAGGAGGUGGAGGGGGGGGCGGCGGAGGAGGUGGAUGAGGAGGCGGCAAAGGGGAGAGGGGCGGACGCAGUAGCAGGUGGCGCGGAUGGUGGUGUUGGUAGCGGGGGUGGGACAGGGAUGUAG